AUGUCUAAGAAAUAUAUGUCAAGACCUCCAUACUGCUUUGGAUACCUUCCCGAUUAUUCAAUACCUCCCAUGACGGUAGAAGAAUACCAAUAUUACGACAACAAAUUUUUUGGAUUUUUGAAUGAAAAACCACUUCAUAAAGCAGCAGAAGACGUAGCUGAUUUUGUUGAAAAUUUCAUACAAUUUAUUGGAAUAUCGAAGCUCUCUAAAUAUGAAGAUGAAUUCCCCCAGAUAAAAUUCAAUGUUCACCACGUAUUACAACAGAACGCCUACCGUAAUGCUUCUAACCCGGGAGUCGAAGCCGGUGAUAGUUUUAGGUCUGGUGGAACGUCCCUAACUAGAGUUAGUCAAGAAAAAAAGGCCACCCAUUUAGACGUUGUUAAUUGUAAUCAAGAAGUUCAAACGAUCAAGACACCAAAGUCUAGAAGAUUUUUGAGAUCUUUCAAGUGUAUGAAGACUGUAGAAUGA